ACCAUGGCAGUGGUACCCGAACUCGUCAAUGAAAUGAUUUACUACAGUGGCAACGAGGAUGACUUGUUCUUUGAGGCCAGUGACCCCAAACAGAUGAAGAACUGCUUCCAAGACCUGGACCUCUGCUGUCCAGAGGGGGCCAUCGAGCUGCAAAUCUCCCACCAGCACUACAACCACAAUUUCAGGCAGGUUGUAUCGAUCAUCGUGGCCAUGGAGAAGCUGAGGAAGAAGAUGCUAGUUCCCUGUGCAAAGGCCUCCCAGGAUGGUGACCUGAGCAGCCUCUUGUCCCUCAUCUUUGAAGAAGAAUUUGUCAUAUGGGAUGAUGCUCAUGAAUGCGACGCGGUACGAUCGCUGAACUGCACGCUCCACGAUACAGAACAGAAAUGCCUGGUGCUGUCCGGCCCGUAUGAACUGAAAGCUCUCCACCUCAAUAACCAGAAUCUGAACAAACAAGUGGUGUUCUCCAUGAGCUUUGUGCAAGGAGAAGAAAGUAAUGACAAAAUACCUGUGGCCUUGGGCCUCAAGGAUAAGAAUAUGUAUCUGUCCUGCGUGAUGAAAGACAACAAGCCCACCCUGCAGCUAGAGAGCGUAGACCCCAAAAUCUACCCAAAGAAGAAGAUGGAAAAGCGAUUUGUUUUCAACAAGAUAGAAAUCAAGAACAAGGUAGAAUUUGAGUCUGCCAACUUCCCAAACUGGUACAUCAGCACCUCUCAAGCAGAAAAUAUGCCUGUCUUCCUGGGAGAUGGUCAAAACGGCCAGGACAUAACUGACUUCACCAUGGAAGUCAUGUCUUCCUAAAGCGAUCUGUACCUCAGGGACCCCGUGUGCUGCAUGUAGAUUCAACUUCUCAAUCUGGUGGAAGGGGAAUGGAAGGGUUCUGAGCAUGGCUGCAGGCUGGUCUUUACUGCUGCCUACACUGAUGCCCAGCUGCAUUCCU